AUGAGGUUCACCUCCACUCUUUCCUGGGCGGCUGCCGCCCUCCCGUUGACCUCAGCCAAACCGUUUCCCCAAACCGCCCAAGCCGCCAAAGCAGGGAAUUCCAGCAACACCAUCCAGGCCUGCCUCAGUGCGGCCAACGCCCCCGUCACUGUGUCCUCCUCUUCAGACUGGUCCGAGGACAUCAGGCCCUACAAUGCGCGCGUGCAAUUCACGCCGGCGCUCGUGGUGGCGGCCACCGACGCGAGCCACGUGCAGGCGGCCGUGAGAUGCGCGUCCCAGUACGGCAAGACCGUCACGGCGCGCGGCGGUGGACACAGCUACUCGUCGUCGGGGCUCGGCGGCGAGAACGGCCACGUCGUGGUCCGGCUAGAUGAGAUGUUUGGUGUCACGUUGAACGCCGACAGCACAGCCACCGUGCAGGCCGGCGCUCGUCUCGGACACGUGGCGACGGAGCUGUUCAAACAGGGCGGCCGAGCUAUUUCUCAUGGUUCAUGUCCAGGAGUUGGCGCAUCGGGUCACAGCAUCCACGGCGGCUUCGGCUUCAGCUCGCAUCUUUACGGCCUGGCGACGGACUGGAUCGUAGAAGCGACCGUCGUCACGGCCGACGGGAAGAUCGUCAAGGCCUCUCAGAGCCAGAACCCGGACCUCUUCUGGGCCAUCCGCGGCGCCGGCUCAUCGUUCGGCAUCAUCACCGAGUUCAAGUUCAACACCUUCGCCGCCCCGAGCGUCGUCACCUGGUACAAGGUGCCCUUCAACCUGAAGAAGGACAAGCUGGUCGCGGCGCUCGCGGCCCUCCAGACGUACGCACAGGGCGACAUGCCCGCCGAGCUCAACAUGCGCGCCGUCAUCACCUCGGACAGCACGGCCUUUGACGGCCUCUACAUCGGCACCGAGGCGCAGACGCGCAGCGUAUUGAAGAAGUUCCUCUCGCCCCUGGGCAUCGACGUCGGCGGCGCCACCCUCACCCAGACGAACUGGAUUGGCCAACUGGAGCACUUUGCCGGCGAGGACCUCGACCAGACGGGCCCGCAGGACGCGAGCGACACUUUCUAUGCCUCGAGCCUCAUGACCAAGGCAGUCUCGCAGGACGGCUUCAAGGCCUUUGUCAACUACUACCUGAACACGGCCCAGUCGACGUACACCGGCUGGUUCGUCCUAGUCGACGUCCAUGGCGGCAAGAACUCCAAGACGGCGCAGGUCGCCAACUCGGCGACAGCGUAUGCGCACCGCGACAAGGUGCUCAUGUGGCAAUUCUACGACUCGUCGGGCGAAGAGGCGUACCCCUCGUCCGGCUACUCAUUUCUCGGCAAGUGGAUGUCUUCGGUCACCGCCACCAUGGCCAAGGCCGACUGGGGCCGGUACGCCAACUACGCCGACUCGCAGCUGAGCAAGGCGGACGCGCAGGACCAGUACUACAGGGAUAAUCUGCCGCGGUUGAAGACCAUCAAGACGAAGUACGACGCCAAGGGCAUCUUCACAUACCCCCAGGGUGUGGGCUCCUAA